UAAUGCUGUCUAAACGACCAGUACUCGCAGCAAAAAUGUCAAAUCUAAUUGCGAAAUAUUUCUUCUAGAGCGUAGUAAUACCUACGGUCGCCAUUUUGCGCAUUCUGUAAAGAUGGCGGUUCUAGCCUUGUUGUUGUUAGCAGUUUGUGCAUCUGUGUCUGGAAGUUUUCUCGAAGUAGACUACCCUAAUGUCAAUGUGUCGGCUGAAAGAAAUGGUGACGCUAUCUUUGAGGCAGGGUCCGGGGGCAGUGUGUAUCUCAAGCCCGGUGUCGGAGGGACGGUCUUUAUUGACAAAACCGACCUCAGGAAGUUCAUCGAGAAAGUGAAGAGCCUUCCGCCGAUAUGGACCCGGAGUUCCGAACACGACACUCUGGGAACCUUCCUUUCCGGUCAAUACUUGGACGUGAAUGUCGAGGCCAUCGAUCCAGAUGGCGGUAACAUCGUCUACAGCCUCAUUUCCGGUCACCUGCCGCCUGGUACCCAACUCAACAUGACGUCAGGACACAUUCAGGGCGUAUCUCCAGACGUUGACGCCAUGUAUUCGUUUGGCAUCCGGGCAACCGACGUUCACGGGAAAUACGCCGACGGAGUCUUCAGUAUCAGCGUUCGAGAGAAGGACCAAUGUGACAGCAGUCCAUGUAUGAACGGCGGGACGUGUACGGACGAGAUCGGGAAAUACAACUGCUCGUGUCCGCCAGGGUACGGAGAUGAUGUGUGCCAAACAAGGUGCGAAAUCAAUGCAUUCGGGGUGGCCUCAGACAAGAAAAUCCCGGACGCCCAGAUGUCUGGACACCUGACCCUCGGCACCGCCGACCCUUGGGAGGGGCGGCUCGGAUCUUCUACCGGUUGGAUCGGUAACGACACAGACUCUUGGCUUCAGGUGGAUCUUGGUUCCCGGAAGAUUGUGUACGCCGUAGCAACUCAGGGGUACCACUCCAACACUUACUACACCUCGACGUUUAAAGUGGCCUACAGUUCCAACGGUAACACGUUCGUGGUGGCUAACAGUGGUGGAAGUGACACUUUUAGAGGCUCGGCGUCCUACGACACGAUCCAGAAGCACGUGUUCGACCGAGCAGUACCAGCCAGAUUCAUCCGAUUCCUUCCACUAACCUGGCAUAAUGGUGGCCAUCCGGGCUUCCGCGUGGAGGUCUUUGGUUGUGACGAAUGAAAUGACGUCAUUCAAGGGAAAUAAUGAAAUGAGAUGACCUCAGUCAAGGGAAAUAAUAAAAUGACUACAUUCAAUACUUUCGCUGGAUUGCUAAAUAUUUUUGUUAAGAAUAACGAAUGUGUUUAGAAUCUUCCCUUUCGUUAUUUUCAUGCAUCUUAAACAAAGACUGUAAAUCGAUAUAAUUUUUACACAAUAAUUGAAAGUAUUUGGAAAGUGUUUCAAUAAACAUAUUUUUAACAA